UCAUUAUCCCUCUCCUCUUCCUUCUUCGUCGUCCCUCCCAUCUUCAGACUCGAAGCAGAGGAGGAGAAGGAGAAAGGAGCUCGAACACUCUUCAAGAAUCCUCCGUCCAUGGGCCAGUCAUGAACCCUCUACCACUUCCCACCUCCUCCUCCUCGCCGGCCCCCACCAAUCCGUUCCCGCUCCCCCGCCGCCCUCUCCCCCUCCGCCGCCUCCCUCCGCCGCCUCCCCUCUCCUCCUCCGCCGCCGCCGCCGCCGCCGAGCCACCCGGGUGGCCAUCUCGCGCCCGCGGCACGGUCAGCACGCGAGACCUCUCCCUCCCCUCCCCCGGCGGCGGCGGUGGCGGCGGCGGCGGCGCCAUCUCGACCCCGAAGCCGUACUCCCAAGACGACAAGCUCCUGACCCUCCUUCGCCAGAGGAAGACGGAGGAAGCCUGGGCUGCGUACGCUCAGUCCGACCGCCUUCCCAACCCCACCUGCCUCAGCCGCCUGGUGUCGCAGCUGUCCUACCAGAAGACCCCCGAGGGCCUCGCGCGCGCCCAGUCCAUCCUCACGCGCCUCCGCGAUGAGCGCCAGCUCCGCCGCCUCGACGCCAACUCCCUCGGCCUCCUCGCCGUGGCCGCCGCGAAGGCCGGCCAGACCCUCUACGCCUCCUCCGUAGUCAAGUCCAUGCUCCGCUCCGGGUACCUCCCCCACGUCAAGGCCUGGAGCGCCGUCGUCAGCCGCCUCGCCGCGUCCGGGGACGACGGCCCCGCGGAAGCGGUCAGGCUCUUCGAGGCCGUGACGCGGCGGCUCCGUAAUGUCGCCGACCCUGCCGCGGUCGCUGACUCGAGGCCCGACACGGCCGCGUUUAAUGCUGUGCUCAACGCGUGCGCGAACUUGGGGGACACAGGGAAGUUCUCGCAACUGUUCGAUGAAAUGCCUGAGUUCGGGGCCGAGCCUGAUGUGUUGACUUAUAAUGUGAUGAUUAAGUUGUGUGCUAGAGUAGAUAGGAAGGACUUGCUUGUGUGUGUGUUAGAGAUGAUUCUUUCGAAGGGAAUUCCAUUGUGCAUGAGUACGUUGAAUUCACUCGUCGCUGCUUAUGUUGGUUUCGGCGACUUGGACACUGCAGAGAAGAUAGUGCAGGCUAUGAGAGAAGGAAGGAGAGAUCUUUGCAAGAUUCUGAGGGAUGCCAAUGUGGACGAUUUGAGUGAUGAGGAGGAAGAUGAAUAUGACCAAGAAUUGAAGACGAUAGAUUUGGCUAAAGAUGAUGGUGAAAUCGUUGUGUUUGCGAAGUUGCUUCCAAAUUCAAUCGAACCGAAUUUAAGCGAACCUCCAUUGUUGCCGAAUUCAUACGCUCCCAAUUCCAGAAUAUACACUACCCUAAUGAAGGGAUAUAUGAGGACGGGACGCGUAAAGGACACAGUCCGGAUGCUAGAGGCAAUGCGGCAUGAGGAAGACAGUUCCAGACAUCCAGACCACAUCUCAUAUACUACUGUCAUUUCUGCGCUAGUGAAGGCUGGGUCGAUGGAUCAAGCGCGUCGGGUCCUUGCUGAGAUGCAGAGACUCAGUGUUCCUGCAAAUAGGAUCACCUACAACAUACUCUUGAAGGGCUACUGCCAGCAACUGCAGAUGGACAAGGCCAAGGAGCUGAUCAAAGAAAUGGCCAGAGACGCACAGGUACAGCCUGAUGUGGUAUCAUACAACACCUUGAUCGACGGAUGUAUACUAAUCGAUGACAGCACGGGGGCGCUCGAAUUCUUCAACGAGAUGCGAGCGAGAGCGAUUGCCCCGACCAAGAUCAGUUACACUACAUUGAUGAAAGCGUUUGCCUCGUCUGGGCAACCGAAGCUGGCGCACAAGGUGUUCGACGAGAUGAUCCAAGAUCCAAGAGUGAAACCCGAUGUGGCGGCUUGGAACAUGCUGGUCGAAGGUUAUUGCAAACUUGGGUUGGUUGAAGAAGCGAAGAAGGUUGUUCAGAGGAUGAAAGAGAACGGGCCAUACCCCGAUGUUGCCACUUACGGUAGCCUUGCCAGUGGCAUUACGUUGGCCAGGAAACCCGGAGAGGCCCUUUUGCUUUGGAAUGAAAUAAAGGAAAGGUGGAGAGCGAGCAAAAAAUGCGACAAACCCGAUUCUUCCCCGUCGCUCCCGCCGUUGAAACCGGACGAGGGCCUUUUGGAUGCUCUGGCCGAUAUAUGCGUGAGGGCCGCUUUCUUCAGGAAGGCCUUGGAGAUUGUGGCAUGCAUGGAAGAGAACGGGAUUUCACCCAACAAGACCAAGUACAAGAGGAUUUAUGUGGAGAUGCAUUCGAGAAUGUUCACCAGCAAGCAUGCUUCGCAGGCCAGGCAAGCUAGGAGGGCGGAACGGAAGAGAUCGGCCGAGGCGUUCAAGUUCUGGGUGGGCCUGCCGAACUCAUACUACGCGAGCGAGUGGCAUUUUGGAUCCGAUUAAAGGCAAAUGACAGAUAUUUACAGUGGAAGAUAGUAGAGGGUAGUUUAUAGUGUAUAGUUGGUCAUACUACACAGAUUGACAUUGGAAAUUGUAUGCAUGUCGUUGUAAUUACCUGUAUAAUGAAAGCUGAAACAUCAAUUGCAAUGUGAUGGAUUCCUGAA